GGCUUGGGGCCGCCGCCGCAUUUGUCUAGGACCGCCGUGGGCGUAUAUUUAACAUAGCAGGACUCAUCAGUCCUUGCCUUUAAGCCGCCUGCUGCAGCACCAGCGCCUGCGCGCGCCGCCGCCGCGGGCGACCCGAAUUUAACAGAGAGAGCGGUCUCCCGCUCCGGCCGCGCUUACGCCAACGCAGCGCGCGCCGCACGCGAGCGACCGAAAGAGCGCAACAACCAUGGCGCAGCUCGGCGACGAAGCCCUAUUACAAGCCUCCGAGUCGGGCGACCUCUUCGGCGUCGGCGAGUGCUUAGAUGCGGGCGCGUCCGCCUCCGCUCAAGAUGCAAACGGCUUCACGGCGUUGAUCAAAGCCGUGGCGAAUGGCCACACUGAUGUAGUUGAUUUGUUAUUAGCGCGGGGCGCGCCCGUCAACACGCCCGCGGGUACGCAUACGGCUCUGAGGGCAGCGACGCUGAACGGCCAGGCGGCUUUAGUUGAUAAACUGCUGAAGGCCGGCGCCGACGCGUCGAUUGUAUCGAAUAACGCCCGGACGCCGCUCAUGGGCGCGUGCUACCCGCGGCACGGCGUGCCCGAGGCCUCGACGAAAGCGUGCGUCGAACUCCUCUUAAAUGACGCGAAUGGGCGGCGAACGCUGGGCUGGCAGAACGACGACGGCGACACGGCGCUGCAUCUGGCCUGCUUCGGCGCGCCGGCCGCGGCCUUGGUGCUGGCGAAAGCCGGCGCGCCGCGCGACGUGCUCAACAAUCGAGACGAGACCCCUGAUGAUUUAGCAAGGCGCGCCGGCCUGCGGCUGGACCCGGGCGUGCCGCUGCCGCUGCCGCCGGCGCCCGCGCCCGCACCUGUAUUUAUUCUGUGUGGAAAUCACCUGCUCGAUCGUGCGCCGUGGUGUAGAUGUCACACUGGCACGCCGUCCCCACGCCAUCGACGCGACUCGACUCACCGGUCGAUUGCCACGCAGCCGCCGGCGCCCCCCGCACCAGCAGCACCAAGGCCCAAGCCGCCCCAACAAAAGGCGAAGCCCCCCGUGCGCGUGCCGACGGGCGGCAAGUACGCCAAGCCGCGCGGGCGGGCACCAUUGAACGCCGAGGGCAAGCCGGCGAGCUGGGACCCGGACCUCGGCGAGUGGGUCGGCGCGUCUUCCGGCGUCCCAUACGACCUUCAGCCUUCUCACCUGUGUGUGUUGCGACAGGCAUCGACCCGAACUCGUACUACUACAGUACUACCGGUGUCCCUAUCCCCGUCCGAUAAUAACGCAUACACGCAGGCGUCGUCAAGAAGAAGAAGCCGAACGGCAUCCCGAAGCCUCGAGGAAGGGCUCCGUUAGGUGCGACGUGGGACUACGACAAGGGCGAGUGGGUCGGCGGGAGCGGCAAACCGAAGCCUCCGGGAGCAAAAAAGCCGGCGCCGAAGAAGAAAGAUGUGGUUCCUCUCACGACGGCCGAGAAGGCCGCGGUCUUGCACGCGAUUGCCCAAUUGGACGGGAAAGCCACCCAGAAGAAGGUACGACGGGCGGCGGAGAGUAUAUUGGGCGCGCCGGAGGGGUCCCUCGAUGCGAAGAAAGCGGCGGUCAAAGAAGUUUGUAGGGAGGAAGUGACGCGGAUGGAGGACUCGGCGAAUGCCGGUGAUGCGCCGGCGGCGCCUUCGAUCCAUCCAUCCCAGGCGAUGCUCGGUGAGGAGUAAUUUGGGGGUUUCCUGUA